ACAUGAUAAAUUACUCGCUUGUGCGGUUUAUACAAUCGCAAAUGCUUUAUGUUUUUACUACGUCGCGGAAGGAUCUAAUUUUCUCAAGCGAGGGUCGACACAUCCGCCCAGUUUUCCGAUGUUUCAUUCCCCCCGAGUUGAAAAUGGAGUUCGAAUAAAGCAGAUGUCCACCAACUUCUCAAGGAAAUCUCAAGUCUACGUGUUUUUACUUCACGCCACAGUAGUAAAACUGAAAGCCGUUGAACCAUUUUUUUGGCUUUGGAUGCCUUUACUGCAAAUUACUCGGACACGUUGACGGAGCGACGCUACACAGCGCUUUUUCAAGUGUUGUCCUGGACCCUGAAGUUGGCGAGUGGAUGCUCGAUAGCCAGCCAUAAAUAACCUGCCAAACGCUACUGUCUACGAGAAUUUCCACAGUUUGAGGAUAUAUACACAAUUUUGCAAAGCGGGGAUGUGUCUUUGAAGAACAGGAUGAUGCCGUUGGCCCAUUUGUUGUGGUCGGAUUUUACUUCCAGGGAGGAUAAAAUGAAUCAACGGUUGUCAUUCCUCCUCGCGAUUUAACGUUGGUUCCAGCCAGCAAAGCUAACAUUAAGCUAGCUCUACUUUGGGUUUCACAGGGACGCUUACUUGAGCAUGCCCCAUUGUACAUCGUUUACUUACUAUCCUAAAUAGGGGUCGUUUCUAUAUGUGAAGGAAAAUGGUGAUAUUUGUGGUAUUUUAUCCCGCCGUCACUGCGUCGUCGAUGCUAUUGCUAGGAUUUGGAUCCCCGUGAGGAAAAAAAUGAGUGAAGAUUCAACAAAUCCAAACAACGAUGACAGUUAUGCACGUGUGAGAGCAGUGGUCAUGACUAGGGAUGACUCCAGCGGUGGGUGGCUUCCCCUGGGGGGCGGAGGCCUCAGCUGUGUCACUGUCUAUAAGGUCAGCCGGGCGGAGGACAGCGGCAGUACUCACAGCGGAGGCAGUGGCGGAAGCAGCAACAACCUCAGCCCCUGUAGUCCCAGUCCUAGUCCCAGUCCUAGCCCGAGUCCCAGCCCCACUGCGGUGGAGUUCCACAUCAAGGGCGAGAGACUCAAAGACAAAUUGGUGGUGCUGGAGUGUGUCCUGCAGAAAGACCUAAUAUACAACAAGGUCAACCCCAUUUUCCACCACUGGAGGAUCAAUGACAAGAAGUUUGGACUGACCUUCCAGAGUCCUGCUGAUGCACGGGCCUUCGACAGGGGCAUACGCCGGGCCAUCGAGGAUAUCAACCAAGGAUGUCGGUCAUUUGGGGAAGGUGAUUCUCCAGAGGAUGGACUACCGGUUUGUGACGAGCCUCCAUCCAUCUGCACCCCGAUGAAGGAGCCCUUCUCCCCGCUGAGCAACGACAUCUCCACCGAGCCGUUCAGAGGCUGCUACGUCCGUGCACAGCCCUUCGAUGAGUUCCCUUCCAGCAACCGCCGCUACCUGCCUCCACAGGUCUCCUUCAAGCCGACUCGCCAUGUCAGUUUCCACAUGGACGAAGAGGAGAUUGUUCGCAUCAACCCGCGUAAGGACGUGCUCAUCCGCGGCUACGAGGACUACCGCCACCCCGUCAUGUGGAAACCGGAGCCGGAGCGGGACGACUUGGACUUCCCCUCCUCCUUUCACAAACUGGACAGUAAGAAGUGCGAGUACCUGUUCCCUGACGGCCCAGGCGGGGACUCACACUCCGGCCCCGGCAUGGGCAUCGGAACAGGCAUGGGUCUGGGUCUGGGCAAGGACACGGCCAUCAAGACCCAGCCCUCGCCCCUGCUCAAGUCCAAGAAGGGUCGGCGGCGACGAGAGGACGGCGAGCGCUCCCGCUGCAUCUACUGCCGCGAGAUGUUUAACCACGAAGACAACUGGCGGGGGCAGUGUCAGGACGCCCCCGACCCCAUCAAGCAGUGCAUCUACAAAGUGAGCUGCAUGCUGUGCGCCGAGAGCAUGCUGUACCACUGCAUGUCCGACUCUGAGGGCGACUUUUCAGACCCGUGCUCAUGUGACACGUCCGACGAGCAGUUCUGUCUGCGCUGGCUCGCCCUAGUGGCGCUCUCCUUUAUCGCGCCCUGCAUGUGCUGCUACCUGCCCCUGCGCGCCUGCCACCACUGUGGCGAGGCCUGUCGCUGCUGCGGGGGCAAGCACAAGGCCGCGGGGUGACCCGACGCCGCCGGACACACCGGGACACCCUCAAAGCUAGCUAACACAGGAAGUGGAUAAAAGCGGAAAUAUUAAAAAAGCCGGCAUCCUUUUUUCAUUCCCCCUCUCAGACGGGGUUGUUGAGCCCCCGCUCUGAGGGUCUUUUGGAGAUUUCAGUUUGUGUUUGUCGCCGACAAGCAGCAGCGGAGGACGAACCAUAAUGCUUUGUGGGAGCUCCGAGCGUCAGGCUAAGUUCAGGAGCUUCAUCUGCAGAAGAAGAGGAGGAGGCAUCAAGAUUAAUAGACUUGGAGAUGUUACUACACACACCUGUACACACACACAUGCACACACCUCGGUCACAUUCAUGCAUUGACAAAGCCAGGCCACAAACGUCUGAACUCUUCUACAAGUAAUGUGUAUCUUUAUGAAGGAAAUUUGUCUUUUUGUACAGAGAGGGACAACCUAUUGACAAAGAAAACACAACUAUUCAGAAAAACUACUUGCUGUUUGCUAAAAGGGAUAUGUUUUUGCUUUUGCAGUUGGGUAACAGUGGCCUUUUACUUCAUGGCUUAAGCAUUUGCUGACAAUGUAAUUACUCGACAGAGAAAAGUGCACUAGAAAUUGUGUUUCCCCCCUUGAGUAAAGUAACCCUCUCAAAUUCUCAAUAUUUAGUGUCAUUUUAACAUUUGAGAGACGUUGCUGUGGUGGAUGUACGGCCGUCCUUUUCUCGUUUUCCUUUCUAUCGAUUGUUGAAAAGAAUCAAGUUUGUUUCUUGAAGGUACAGUUUCAUUUAGAUGAGAUUAAAAUGUUGCAUUUCCAAGGUGAUGUAGACCAUUUGAUUGCAUUCCAAAGUAAAGGGAUCUAUUCCACAAUUUGAAGGGAAAUAAUGGUAAAAACCCCUACCAUGCGAAGUUCCCCAAAAUAUAGUUUUUCCAAAAAAAAAAAAUCAACAAAAAACUUUAAAUUGCAUCAAAACCUCUGAGAACCUCCAUUUAAAUUGAAAUCUAUUUGACAAUUUCAUUAACUUCAAUGAAUCCAGUUAUUUACUGCUGUAGUGAAAAUUGGUGUUUUAUUGUUUUGUUUUGUUUUUUUUUUAUAAUUAUCGUUCUCUUCCUGCUCAUUUUAUUAUUAUUUUUGGAACAAAGGCUGAAAUGUUGCUCAACCAGCAAGUUUUGUUUUGGUGAGUACAGGGGUUAUAGUGCUCCUUGGUUGAAUAAUGAGGCACUUAAAUUAGCGUAAUAUAUACGGACUAAUUCUAAAAAUCAGAGGGAUUCUUGAUCCACCUAAUUUAACACCAUUUUGCAUGAGGAAACCUCUCCUUAAAGCACUGCUCUCCAAGCUUUGGUUGCAGCACCCUCUCCAAAUUUCCAUGUGUCUUACGAAUCCUUUCUUUGUUUUCUUUAUUUCCUUCUAUCCUGUUGAAUUGCAUUAUUCCUCAAAAGUUAAUCCUUUCAAGUGUCUUCAUUUAACUGGCCCUGAAUGAAUGAAUGAAUUCUGUGUUUCAGGACGUUGGCUAUUUAAAAGCAUCAUGUGGUGUGUGUGUGUGUGUGCGCGCGUGUGUGUGUGUGCGCGCGUGUGCAUGCAUAUAUAUGCACUGGUGAUUUGAUGUAACGUCACCACUGAUGUAGUUACUGCUUUUCCAAGUCUGUACAAACUGAGUGGCCUCCUGUUUCCCAGAAGCCUUAGCGUCUUUGUAAGUAAACACAGAUGUUCAGAUAUUUUGUGGAACAGGAUAGAGGCGGACUGUUAAAGGGGCAAUUUGUAAGAUUAAGUUUCUAGACUUAACUCCUACCAUCAACAGAAACAGGCAAGUGUCAUCAGUUAAUGCUAGCGUUAGCUCAUGUGUCACUCCCUAUAAUGUCCAAGCGCCACACUGAAGUCCAAAUACGGUCACUUGUGAUUCCAUAAAGCCAAGGUGGCGUAACAAGGGGUAAAAUUUAAAACUACAUCACAGCAGCUACGUCCUUUUCUUUGUUUAGUCUGUGGGUUAGCUUAUAGAUUAUGCUAGCUUGCUUAGCUCCAUCUUAAGCAGCUUCAGCAAAAUUUUCUAUGAGCGGUGGUAUUAUCUUGUUAUUUGGUGUUUUAUAAAUCAUCCAAACAAGAUCAGAGCACCUGGUUUGUUAGCUGCAGUAGAUAACAGGUCAGAACCAACAAACAGCUAACGCAGCAAUGUAUGACAAUUAUACAACUAGAAAAGCACUCGGAGAGCGCAGACCUCCACCAAGGCAGAUCAGUGCCCCCCCCCCCCCCCAUCACCACCAAAAUUUAAUAAUUGGUUCCUUGUGCCAGUAUCAACAUUUCCUGAAAUUUUCAUCCAAAUCCGUCCAUAACUUUUUUGAGUUAUCUUGCACACGGACAGACAAACAAACCAACGUCAGCAAAAACAUAACCUCCUUGGCGGAGGUCAUUAGCUACUGUGUAGGCUAUUUGCACACAGCUAACUGACCAGACGAGAGUAAAUGGCGAAUUCACAAGAGCCGUCUUUUAUGUAACAUAGAAAUUAUUUCUUCACGCUCUUUUGAUAAUUUUACUUAAUAUUUUUUAAGCCACAAAUUGCCCUUUUAAAGGUUCAGUAUGUCCGGUUUGUGUAAAAGUUCGCGUCGGACUGGGAGCCAGGUGCUUGUUAACGAACUCACUUUCUGAGCUCAGAUUUCUUCGUCUUUUCCGCAGCUUCAGCAGUGACGUAAAAACACAAGCAUCAAACUCACAUGUUGAAUCUUUAAUUUCUGAAUUUCUGUUUUAUGCUAAAAAGUAUUGCAAAUUUUCCCUUUUUUUUUUUUUUUGUUAAAGUUGUGUUUCCCAGUAUUUUAUAAUCAAAUAUGUCUUGGUUAAUUCUUGCUGGACAGUAAAACUAAAAUGAUCCUGAAUAAACAGAAGUCCAGGCCUGUUUCAGUGGAGUUCGAACUGUAACACACACUAACAGAUAUGCAGAUAUUCUCACCUCCUGUAACAGAAUCUAGCGACGGCUCUGUCUCAACCCCACCCCCACCCCACACACACACACACACACAUACACAUAUCCCUACACCCCCGAUGCUCCCUUUACUUUCUAUGCAAUCUUUCUAACCUGGGAAAACACAUUGACCUCUCUGCAGACUGAGUCAGUGAUGGGACAGGACACUUUAAUAAUGCUAUUAUUAUAGGUAGAAACCCCUGGUACCAAACUCCAAACAACCUGUAAAUAACGUAACACUAUAUUUAAGUGCUGAUAAUAAUCCCAGCUUUUUUUGUUUGUUUGUUUGGUUGGUUUUUUUGUCUGAAAUUUGAAAGAUAGAGCUGUAUUUAUCAUUGCUGUCAGCAUAUACUGUAGCUUCAAUUGACAGCAUUAUGUACAUAGGUCACCUUUUAGUAUUAUUUCACAUUGAAAAGUAGAGGGCGAUGGAAAUGACUAUGGAGCUUCUAAUAGAGUUUCUCUCUAGUUUUGUACGGUAGAAGGAAGGAUAGUGCUAACACGGUACGGUAGUGGCAGUGUUUCAAAAAGUUUGAUAUAUAAAUAUAUAAAUAUAUAUAUACAAACAUACAUAUAAAGCUGCUAGAUACAAUCACUAAUUUUAUUGUGUUGACAGAAAAUCAGCUAUGAACGACUGUUAAACCCUAAUUCUCCAACAGCAUAUAAUGGUGAGCGUGAGUUUUUAAUGUUGUGUGUGGGAGAAUGUUACUAUAUAUGUGUGUGUGUGUGUGUGUGUGUGUGUGUGUGUGUGUGUUCUCAUGUGCCCACGUUAUGUGUGGAAUGUGUGUGUGUGUGUGUACGUGCGUGGGGUUGGUGUGUAACCAAAAGUUUGGUUGGUUGUCAUAUUCUCCCAUUUGGAAUUGGAUUUGCCCUGCAUUUUAUUGCAAGCUGAACCAAGGUUUGAUGAUUAAAACCUGAUUAAAACUUGCUGGCUGAGAAGCAAAAAAAACAAAAAACUAAAAACAAAAAAAAAAAAUGUAGGAUGUGCAUUUAUACAAAGUGUAGAGAAUGCUGAAAUAACACUUCUCAUUCUGCAUUAACCAGCACAGUGCAACUUCCUGUCAUGUACUGUAUUAUAUAUGCAACAUGUGUCUGUCCGCUUUAAUAUAUAUAUUUUUUUGACCUGCAUUAUAUAAGACUUCAGUUUUAACCACUUUGCUGCUAGUCUUUUAUCCUCUUUCAAUCUUGGAAAUUGUGCAUAUCUUUGGGGAAUGCAUACAAGUGUACAUUCUUGACAUUGUGUAGAUUUAAAAAAAAAAAAAAAAAAAAAAGAAAAAGCUAUAUAAACCUGUUUCUCUUCAGUGUAUUG